AUGGAGUCCAAACCACAGCCGGCCGUGGUGGCCGCCCCGAAAAAGGGCAAGCCUAUACAUUACCCUUUUGGUACGUGCGAAAUACCUGUGCGCCUGCAAACGAGGCAUGGCGACAUGCCCAAGACGAUGAGCAGGACCUUUGUGCACAUUGUCAAGAAUGAUGGCUUCUUCGCCAUCUAUCGCGGCCUCUCGGCCUCGCUGCUUCGACAGAUGACGUACUCGACAAUUCGAUUCGGCGUAUACGAAGAACUCAAGAACAUGGCGUCCAGCGAUGGCAAGCAGCCCGGCCUACCCAUGCUGAUCGGUAUCGCAACGGUGUCGGGCCUUAUCGGCGGCGUCUGCGGAAACGCGGCCGACGUGGUCAACGUACGCAUGCAACACGACGCGGCGCUCCCCGUCGACAAGAGGAGAAACUACAAGCACGGCCUCGACGGCAUGUACCGCAUGGCGCGUCACGAGGGCAUUGGCAGCUGGUUCCGCGGUGUCUGGCCCAAUAGCGUUCGCGCCGCGUUCAUGACGUCGUCGCAGCUCGCCUCGUACGACACCAUCAAGCGCGUGCUCAUCGCCCAUACCCCGAUGAAGGAUGACCUCGCGACGCAUUUUACGGCCUCGUUCAUGGCGGGCGUGGUGGCGGCGACGGUGACCAACCCAGUUGACGUGGUCAAGACGCGAGUCAUGUCGGCGCACAGCGCGGAGCACGGUGUCGUCGAGGUGCUUAAGAACCUUAUCAAGACGGAAGGCUUCGGCUGGAUGUUCCGAGGUUGGACACCGAGCUUCCUUCGACUUGGACCUCAAACGAUUAGCACCUUCAUCUUCCUCGAGAUGCACCGAAAUGUCUAUCGUAAAGUUAAGAACAUAGAAGAGUAG